GUGAACGUCGCUUCCGGUAAGGACGAGGAGCAAUGGCGUUCUUCGUAACGGUCGUGCUUGCAGCUGCUCUUGAUUUGGGAUUUGGACACUUAGUGGCCAGUAAUGCAGGAGGUUUAAAUAUCACGGUGCCACUUAUUGGGAGUUUGAGUUUGGGAGGCAGCGGUGGACUGUCCAUUGGGUCCAAAUUUUCGGGCCAGGGAACGGGUGCCUUAGGCGCUGGACUGAGUGGAGGCAAUGGCAGAGGCUUCAGUGGCGGCUUCGGUGGCGCUGGUGGAGGCGCUGCAAGUAUCUCGUCAAGUAGUUCAAUUUUUAGCGGUGGCUCACGUGUUGGCUUGGGUACUGGAGUCGGCGCUGGUUUGGGCACUGGCUCGGGAACUGGCUUUGGCGGUGCCCUCAGCGGUGUCUCGGGGUCAGGUGGCAUCACGACAGUUGGCUCGGGAAGCAGUUCAAGUCUAUCGGGAUUGAGGGGAGCCCAUGGUAGUGGCGCCCAUUUUUCAGCUACGUCGACGAGUACUACGAGUGCUGCUGGCAGUACCUUUGGAACCAUGGGAGGCAUCGGGGGUGCUGGUGGCGUUCACUUAGGAGGCACCGGUGUAGGCAUUGGAGGAAUCAGGUCUGGUGGUGCAGGUUUAGGUGGCACUCUUCCUCCUAGAAAUCUGCCGGGACUCGCGGGUACAUCGAGUGGUGGUGGCGUUCACUUAGCAGGCACCGGUCUAGGUGUUGGAGGAAUUGGGUCUGGUGGUGCAGGAGCCUCUAGUGGCGGAAUCGCUGUAGGCAGUGGUGCUCAAGGCGGCCUCACAAGGGUUACCAGUGUUGGAACUACCACUACGACCGUUGUUCAUGGCACAACCAGUACAACAGGUGGCAUGGGUUUAGGAGGCUCCCUUUCACCGCACAGUCUUCCGGGCCUCUCGGGUACAUCGACAGCCGGCGGUGUUGGCGGAGUAGUUGGCUCAACAGGCUCUGUGUCCAGCGGCGUGGGUCUUACUGGCAGUUCAGGUCUUACUGGCAGUACUGGUGGAGUAGCGAUCACUGCAGCAUAA